AUGAAUCAUUUAUCUGCAAAUUGCUCAACAUUAAAUAUUAUUGGUGAGAUACCUUUAGAAAUAAAUGUUAAUGGAAUAACAACAGCAAUUAUUGCUGAUGUUAUAACCAAUCUGGUUACGAAUUUAAUAUUAGGUAGUGAUUGGAUUCAAUCAAAAAAUGUUUAUAUUCUUACACCUGAACAACGAAUUAUGAUCCGAAGUCGAGGUAAAGAAGUAUCAACUCCUUUUGUAAAACCACCUCUUUUAAAUUAUCCGGUUACUCUUAUUAAUCAUAUUACUCUUCCUCCUUUUUCAGAAAAAAUAGUAGAAGCACAAGUUCAACAUAACAAUAUGAUAGAUGUAUUAUUUGAACCAAAUCCUCGAUUAAAAAAUAAAGCAUUAUUUACUGCAACUGCAUUACUGAACAUUGAAAAUAGACGAAUAAAAAUUAGUAUAAUUAAUGCAACGAAUCGACAACAAACACUUUCCGAAGGAACCAAAUUAGGUAUAGUGACACAAUUAUCUUCUACAAUUGGUGUUACCAUACCAUCAAAUUAUUUGAUAGAACGCAUUCCGGAAGGAAAAGCGUGUAAAGAGCUCAUUCCUGAAGGGAAAGGAGCGAACAAAUCAAAUAAAUUAAAUUGUAACAACAUACCAACUAUAGCAUCACACGGAAAACAACGUCAAUGUCGUAAAUGUUAUCAACAUUUUGAUACUAGCAAUGAAUUAUUCAAGCAUCUUAGAAAUCAAUGUUAUCCUGACGAAAUAAGACAGCAAAUAAAUAAAUUAACUGAACAUAUUAGCGAUGAUAAACAACGAGAACAAAUUUUAAAAAUUUUAUGGAAAUAUGGCAAAUUAUUUGACAUUAGUGAACCAUCAAAAAUUGAUAUAAUUUUAAAAAAUGCUAUUGAUACUGGUACACACCGUCCUGUUCAUACUCCACCAUAUAGAAAAUCAAACAAAGAUCAAGAAACCUUAAGAAAAGAAACAGAUAAAUUAUUAAAAAAUGGAAUUAUUGAACAUUCAACAUCACCAUGGUCUUCACCUGUCGUUUUAGUAAAAAAGAAGGAUGGAACAACAAGAUUUUGCGUCGAUUAUCGUCGCUUAAACCAAAUUACAACAAAAGAUGCUUUUCUAUUACCAAGAAUUGAUGAUAUUUAUGACCAAUUAACAAAAGCAGCAUAUUUUACAAAACUCGAUUUCAAAGCAGGUUAUUUUCAAGUACCAUUAGAUAAAUCAGAUCGACCAAAAACAGCAUUUUCAACUCGAGAUGGACACUUUCAGUUCAAAGUAUUACCUCAAGGUCUUACUAAUGGACCACCAACAUUUCAACGUAUUGUUAAUCAAAUAUUAGGUCCAAACAGAUGGAAACAUGUACUCGCCUAUAUCGAUGAUAUUAUUAUGUAUUCACAAAAUUUUAAUGAACACUUAAAACAUAUCGAAGAAGUAUGUUUAUUAUUACAAGAAGCCAAUUUUAAAUUAAAUGUUGACAAAUGCGAAGUUGCAAGAGCAGAAAUAUUAUUUCUUGGACAUGUAAUUAAAGCAGGUACUAUUAAACCUGAUCCAGACAACAUCCGUGGUUUGACCGAAACACGUGAACCAACAUCAGCUGAAGAAGCAUUUAGAUUCGUCAAAGCAGCAGAAUAUUACCGAAAAUUUAUUCCAAAAUUUUCCACCAUCGCCGCACCAUUACAUCAAUAUUCUCCAGCAACAAAAAUACUAACAAUUGAUCUUAUUCUUGAUUUACCUGAUGAUACAUUAUUAUUUAAAUUACAAACUGAUGCUUCUGUAGAUGGAAUUGGUGCUGUUCUAUUACAAAUUACUUCCAAUGGUGAUCGACCAUUAGCAUAUAUGUCAAAGAAAUUAACAAAAGCACAAACUAAGUGGCCAACAAUUGAACAAGAAUGUUAUGCAAUAGUACAAGCAAUAGAAAAAUGGGACAAAUAUCUUCGUGGACAUGAAUUUAUAUUAGAAACUGACCAUGGACCAUUAAUUCAUUUUGCAAACAAAGAACAAUUAAAUAAAAGAUGUGAACGAUGGCGAUUAAAAUUAGCUGAAUAUUGA